AUGAAGGCCCUCUUCAGUCGCCUCAACCGGGGCCUCUCAAAGGACAAACCCAAGGACGGCCCAGAUCCGAUCCUCCCCUCCUACCCAAAGGAAAAGCUCCAGCUCCCUCCCCUCCCCGACUGGCCCCCGAAUCAACCCUCGCAACCCCCCGCCGCCGUAUCCCGCGUAGCGUCCCGCGCAGAACAGGAUUCCGCAGGCCGCAGCUCCCGCAAGACCGCCAACGGCAGCGUAAGUACAUCCAACGGCAACCAAGACGUCCAGAAGAAGGUCGCCUUCAUCUCUCCCCCGCCCACCCCCGCAGGCCUCAACAACGACCGUCCCCUGCCCGCCGACGGCCCGUCAGCUCCCGCAAAGGCAACCACAUCGCGUUCUCAACCCAAAGAGACCCGCGGAUCCACCUCCACCGCAGCCUCUGCCUCCAGGGCCGACGUCGGCUCCACCUCCAGGGCUAGCAACACGACCGUCAAGGCGACCUCGACCCGCAACGCUACAUCUCCAUACCCCCAGAAAGGUUAUGCCGAUGCCGCCUCCGUACACCAGUCCCUGCGCUCAGGAACGCCGUACUCGCAGCGCUCCGCGACGGGCAGCGUGAUACCUCCUGCCUCGUGGAGCGAGGGCGCCGAAGAGGAUCUCGUCUCCAACUUGGGCCCUCGAGAGCGCACGCGACAGGAGGUCCUGUGGGAGAUCGUCGCCAGUGAAGAGAGAUACGUCAACGAGCUCAUCAAGCUCAAGGACACGUUCAUCGUUCCGCUUCUGCAUCCAUACUCCACUUCCCCGGUCUCGUCGCCCACCUUGAUGGACUACGACGACUAUGCCCGCAUCGACUCUCCCUUAGAAUCCGUAGACCACUUGCCCAUCGCCUCUCGUUUCCUCUCACCGACUGGUUUUCGGUCCGAUACCCCAACCGCACCCGACACGGCUUCGAAAAAGGACGACAAGGACAAGGACACGCCCAACAUGGACACGGAGUCCGUCAACUCCGACGACGAAGAGAACGACCAGAUGGGCCAGGGCUACUCAGCCUCCCGUCAGAGACCUCCCGGAGGCCCAGGUUUGUUUUCUUCGAAACAGGGCCAUCGAUCGCCUUACGGAGCCGCACCACCGCGGAGCGGAGGCAGGGAUCCGUCCGUCCCUUUCCCUUCCCGCUCACACCAGUCCUUACCACCCCCUCCGCGCAUGAACCCCAGCGCGUCCACGACCUCGCUCGGCCGCCAAUCCUUCAUGGGACCCACCCCGUCCGAGCGGGACCGAGAACGCAAGUCCGCAGCGACGCCCGCGAGCGGUCGCGGCAUGCUUCGAAAAACAAAGAAGAGCCAGACCACGGCGGACUACACCGUCAACGGCGGCGUCGCGCCCCAUCAGCUGCCCGACGACUUGCGCCAGUGCUUGGAGACGAUCGAGCGCAGUAUAUUGGAGGGCCAUCUGAAACUCAACGAUGGUCUCCGGAAACGCUACGAUGAGCAAUAUCCCCUUGUUCGAUCUCUGGCUGAUGUCUUUGUCGCGAACUCCCAUAUCCUGCGAGGCUAUGCAGACUACGUUCUCCAUUUGGAACGAGCUCUGGAGCAAGUCGAGGACGUGCUUUCGACGGCGAGCGCGACCAAGCGGCCAAAGAAACAAGACGCGGACGAAUGGCUCAAGGUCUGCACCUUCCUGCAGCGGCUCGAGGCUGAUGCCGCGGAGAAGGGCGAAACGGGGCUCGCGAUUUCAUUAUCGAAGCCCUUCCAGCGUCUCCUCAAGUACCCACUCCUCUUUCAAAACCUUCUCUUCCACACGGACCCGUCCACGUUCGAGUACGAGAGCACCCUGCAGAUGGUCGCGGAGGUGGAGACGAUCGUACGCAGCAUCGAGGACGAAAAGAUCCAGAAAGAGGAGCGGGACAAGACGCGGGACGUGUUCGCCCGCAUCGAGGGGCUCGAUAAGGUAAAGCAGCUCGCGGUUCCCAAGCCCUCGCGGGUACUCAAGGAAGAGCGGAUACUCUCGGGGCUCGGGCAAGAGUCUUUCAAGUCGACCUCACCACCACCCGUGACCGGCCCAAGGGCCGUCAAGGGCAAAUCGUCGUUCAAGCGCUUCAGCGAUGCGCUCCAGUCGGGCGCGAACGGCGUGGGGGGGAAGAAAGAUCUGUGGUUGGUCGUCUUUAACGACGUCGUGCUCCGAUGCCAGAGGGUGGGGACCACAUCGCUGCCGUUGGGCAGCGCGAGCAGCGCUCGGGCGAAUUCUUUGCCGGAGCUGCAGGGCAAGGCCAAGUAUGCUACCACCGGCCGGAGAAAUUCUCAUGCGAGGCCCCGUAAUCUCUACAAGUUCAUCAAGAUCGAGCAGUGGGCCAUCGGAGAUGUCGCACAACCCCGCGAAGGCGUCGUAUCGAUGGAAGACGUCGUGCGGACGCGAGCGCAGGUGCACUCCGUUCAGCCAAGGAUAGUCCCCAUGCCCGAGGAUGACGAGGAUGGAGGGAUGGAUUCUGACGACUCCGAUCGCAAGAGCAAGAUGAGCUUCUCCUACUGGGGCGCGGACAAAGUCACCCUCCAAAAACCCCUGGUCAAGCCCAGAGCGCCGGUGGGCGUGCACGGCGCGCGGCGCGGCGGUCCCGCUCUGCCCUCGGGAUACUCACGAGAAUCUUCUGCUAACGCCAAAUUCGGCAACCGUCUGGUGUCCGCCGAGUCCGCCGCCGCACCACGCCCCGCGAGUCGUCGGACACAAGUGACGCCCACCGCCCGACGGCCUGCUGUCUCGGACGACUCGCACUCGGCCAAGGUGACGGUGACGAGACCGGCGUGGGACAAGAGUACGCGCUCCGCUGCUGCGGGAGCCACCACCCGCUCGCGCAACCUGUCUCAGAACAGCGCCGCGACCCGCGCCACGACCACCUCGAACAAGAUGCUCGCCUCGCCGGCGCCGUCCGAGGACUCUGGAGUGGGUCUCUAUCGACAGAUGAUGGCGCAGGAUCCCUCGCUGAACGCCGCCUAA